GAGGGGAGUGCGCGGACGCCGCUAGUGCAGCGGGCGGGCAGCAGGCGGUGGGUGGGCAGCCCUGAGUCGGGCGCGGCCGGAGGAGCGGCUCUCCCCGGGCCUCCUGGCGGACCAGGUCGGCCGAUCGCCUCCUCUCCGGCGCCGGCCUUCCUCACAGGGACGAUCGGGAGCCUUUGCGGCUCCUGCCUGGCAGAAAACAUUUCCUUUGCCCGGAGUCCGCAAGGUCUCUCUAUAAAGCUUGUGCUUCACGCUUUACCACCCUGUGCUCUGCCCCAGCCUCUCCUGUGCCUUAGAUGUCACCGUCGCUUCCCUACGGUGGUUGCUUCGAGUCCUCACCAUCUGGUGCUUCCCUUCCGGUUGUCUCCCCACUCCUGCCUUAGGCACGUUGAACUUCGUUUCCCGGGUACCGUUCGCCCGUGUCGUACUCCCUUUGGUAAGAGCUCUUCAGAUGCAGGGUUUUCAAAAUGGCUGCUGCUCCUCAAGCACCAGGAAGGGGUUCUGUUCGUAAGACAAGACCUCUGACUGUGAAGACGUCAUUGAGCAACCCAUACGUCAUCUGCUGGAGCACCCUGGAGAGAGAGGACAUGCACUUCAUAUUACAGACACUUGAGGACAGGUUCAAAUCUACUGGACUUCAGAAAAUAGAGGAUAAAAAGAAAAGGAAAAGGCCACCUCUUACACAAAAGCAAGGCAGAGAAAAAUGCAGCCUGGAUGCUGGUAUGACUGAGGACCUAAUGGAGGAAAAGCCUGAUGCCAAGCGGCAGGUGUCAGGGUGGACACCCGUGCACGUCAGGAGGCAGCUCGCCAUCGGUAUUAACGAGGUGACCAGGGCCCUGGAGAGCAGCGAUCUGCUCUUAGCUCUUGUGUGUAAGUCAGCAAAGCCUGCUAUCAUCACCUCGCACUUGAUCCAGCUCAGCUUAAGCAGGUCAGUCCCUGCCUGUCAGGUUCCCCGGCUCAGUGAGAGAAUUGCCCCUGUCAUUGGCUUAAAAUGUGUGCUAGCCUUGGGGUUCAGAAAGGGCACCUCAGACUUUGCAGACGAAGUAAGAGCUAUCAUUCCUCGAGUGCCCAGUUUAAAUGUACCAUGGUUUCAGGAGAGAAUCAAAGAUUCUGGAGAAGACAGAGAGACUGAAUCUUUGGAUGACCAAGACAAAGAGGUUCUGGAAACUUCAUGUGAAGACCCCUCAAAACAUAAGAGAAAACUUGUUGAAGGGAGGCUAGGUUCUGCUGUAGCCUUACAACCGCUUAAAAUAAAGAAACUGAUUCCCAACCCUAAUAAGAUCAGGAAACCACCCAAAAGUAAGAAAACAAUUUUGAAGUAAUCUUGGAGAAAUUUGUCAUUUUAUGCAAUUUGUAAAAGGACACCAUGUAAAGAAGCCUUAAAGUGAGCUACAUUUACAUAUAUUCUUGGGAUCCUGUGUGGUAAUGUUCUUUUCAGAUGUGUAAUACAAGUCUUUGUAACUGUGUGGCACAAAUGUACUGAAGCUUAAAUACACUAAGUUCAGAAAAAAUUAAAGUGAGUAUUAAAAGAAAUGUUUAUUGAAACUAA